AUGCAGAUCACUAAUUCCGCCUCCUCGACGGGCGGCUCUGCCGUCGUCAUUGAGAUGCCUUCCCAGUCCAAGGCGCAAGUUGACGGGCAGGAGGAGCAGGACCGUGAAGGCUGGGAAGACACAAGAGCAGCAGCCGCAGCCUUGCCGCCUCCGUGCACGUCGACGCCUCAACUGCAAAAGUGGAAUUCCCCUCGCAUCAACAUGUGGCGCUGUUUCGGCACGUUUUAUUCCUUCAUCAUCCUGGGCGCCAACGAUGGCGCCUACGGCGCUCUCAUCCCAUAUCUUGAGUCUUGGUAUAAAGUCAACUACACCAUCAUCUCUCUGGUCUUUCUCUGUCCCAUCGUGGGCUAUGUUUUAUCGGCAGGAUUGAACAAUCAUCUACACACCGUUUAUGGGCAAAGAGGAAUCGCCUUGAUCAUGAGCGUGUCGCAUUUGCUCGCCUACACUGCCAUCUGCCUGCAUCCCCCUUAUCCUGUUUUGAUGGUGGUAUUCAUCCUCGCCGGAUUUGGAAACGGCCUGGGCGACAGUGGCUGGAAUGCCUGGAUCGGCGAUAUGGCGAAUGCCAAUGAAGUCCUCGGCUUCCUGCAUGCCUUCUACGGCCUUGGUGCUACCAUCUCACCUCUUGUGGCCACCACAUUGGUUACCAAAGCCGGCUGGCGUUGGUACCAGUUCUACUAUCUCAUGGUAGGGGCGUCCGCCCUGGAAAUCGUGGUGCUCGUGGGCACUUUCUGGAAAGCGGAUGCCCGAGCGUACGACGCCGAACAUCCCCGGACUGUAGAACCUGAAACGCCCGGGUCAAGCACAACCAGCGCACUAGCCCGGCGUGGCCGUCAGGCAGAGAGGCCUCAAGGUGUUGUGUCUAAGCUGAAUCCGUUUCGGAAAAUCUCCAUGGGGAAGAGCAAGACUGUUGAAGCGGUGCGGAACAAAGUCACGCUACUCGCCUCUGUGUUUCUGCUGAUCUAUGUCGGCGCCGAAGUGAGUAUUGGAGGAUGGAUCGUCACGUUCAUGCUCCGGGUCAGAAAGGGUUCUGCUUUCGCCUCCGGACUGACGUCCACGGGGUUCUGGCUGGGGCUCACAGUUGGCAGACUAGUUCUGGGCUUCGUCACCGCUCGAGUAUUCCGAACGGAGAAACAUGCGGUGGCGGCUUACCUUGGCUGCAGCGUGGCUUUGCAAUUGAUGUUCUGGCUCAUCCCCAACUUCUUCGUCAGUGCGGUGAUGGUGGCACUGCUCGGAUUCUUUCUCGGCCCCAUGUUUCCAGCUGCCGUGGUGGCACUGACCAAGCUGCUUCCAAAAAGCCUGCACGUUGCCGCUGUGGGAUUUGCAGCCGCGUUCGGAUCGAGUGGCGCCUGCGUGCUGCCAUUCGCCGUGGGAGCCAUUGCCAACGCAAAGGGCGUCAAGGUCUUGGAGCCCAUUAUUCUGGCUGCCUUGCUGGGCUGCCUCCUGGUGUGGUGGUCGAUUCCCAAACUGCCCAAACAGAGGAUGGCAUGA